AGCGCAAGUCACAGGAUCUCACUACCGAAUCUGCCUUCAAGUGUUCACUGCGUAGCGCUGUCCACCAGUCAAGUACAGCCCCUUACACACCCGGCCAUGAGCUCCAACAGCAGCAGCACGGCCAACAGCACGACUGGGAUCCUGAGCAACGGCUCGGCCAGCAAGAACGACUACGGCAGCACGAGCUACAACCAGGUGAUGGUGGAUGUCAAGGACGCCUUCAGUCGGGGCGACGCCGAGCAGUCGCGGCUGCUUCACCAGCUUAAGACGGAGAUGGGGGGCCACACACACGCGAUGGAGAACCACAUGACGGGCGGCGAGCACAUCAAGAGCGCUGUGUACGGCGGUCUGGACGGUAUCAUCACGACGUUCGCCACCGUCACGUCCGUGGCCGGCUCGGGCCUGCCGCACUCCGUUAUCCUCAUUAUCGGCCUGGCCCACUUGGUGGCCGACGGCCUGAGUAUGGGCCUUGGCGAUAUGCUCAGCUCCCAGGCUGAGGCCGACCUGGCCAACCACGAGCGCUCUCGGGAGCAGUGGGAGUUUGAAAACUACCCGGAGGGCGAGAUCGAGGAGAUGGUGGAGCUCUACGAGAAGAAGGGUAUCUCCACAGACGACGCGCUGCUGGUGGUGCAUACGUUGGCCAAGUACAAGGAAGCUUUCAUUGAUAUUAUGAUGGUAGAGGAGCUCAACAUCAUGCCAGUGGACGACGACGACUCGCCUCUUAUGGGCGGAAUCAUCACCUUCGUGUCCUUCAUGCUGUUCGGCGUGAUUCCGCUACUCUCGUACCUCGUCAACCUGGUCCCAGGCAUCAACAUGAGCCCGGAGGCAACGCUGUAUUUGUCCUGUUUCCUCACUGUCGUCACGCUGUUCCUGUUGGGCGCGGUGAAGGGCAAAUUCGUCGGCCAGAAGAUGUGGAAGUCGGGCGCCUCAAUGGCCAUCAACGGUACGAUUGCCGCCGCGUGCGGAUGGAUCAUCGGCUACUUGUUGCAACUCACGGGUAUCCAGAACAUCGGAUAAAACUGUAUGGACUCAAAGAACAGCUGAGUUGACUGCUACUUGUAGUUUGUAAACACCGACAUAUGAAAAAUCACUUUUGACAUUAUGAUCGUUUUAUGAUAUGACGAAUUCUAAUCACUCAUAAUCCUUCCACG